AUGGUAUAUACGGAAGAGUAUUUAAAAGAAAAGCUAACCAAGGAACUGGACGCCGUUCAUGUCGAGGUGGUAGAUGAGAGCGACGGGUGUGGAGGCAAGUUCUCCGCUUUGAUCGUCUCUGACAAGUUCCAAGGGAAGCCGCUACUCGCUAGGCACAGGCUUGUGAAUUCAGUGCUCCAAGAAGAAUUGAAGACCAUUCACGCUUUCACACAGAAAACACUGACGGUCGAUCAAUGGAAACAAAAA